AUGCCUGACGAGCUGACGGAGCCCGGGCGCGCCACGCCAGCCCGCGCCUCCUCCUUUCUCAUUGAAAACCUGCUGGCUGCCGAGGCCAAGGGCGCGGGACGCGCAGCCCAGGGCGACGGCGGCCGCGAGGAGGAGGAAGAGGAGGACGACGACCCAGAGGACGAGGACGCCGAGCAGGCGCGGCGGCGACGGCUGCAGCGGCGGCGACAGCUGCGAGCGGGCACUGGGCCGGGCGGCGAGGCGCGGGCCCGGGCGCUGCUCGGGCCGGGUGCGCUGGGCCUCGGUCCCCGGCCACCCCCCGGGCCCGGGCCGCCCUUCGCUCUCGGUUGCGGAGGUGCGACGCGCUGGUACCCACGGGCGCACAGCGGCUACGGAGGCGGCCUCAGUCCCGACACCAGUGACCGGGACUCACCGGAGACCGGCGAGGAGAUGGGCCGCGCAGAGGGCGCCUGGCCUCGGGGCCCCGGGCCGGGAGCGGUGCCUCGGGAGGCAGCGGAGCUGGUGGCACAGGGCCCGGUGGCCAGCGGGGAGGAGGCGGCGGAGCUGGCCGAGGCCCCGGCGGCUGCGGCAGCAGGGGAGGCGCGCGGUGGUGUCGGGGGUCGCAAGAAGAAGACGCGCACGGUCUUCUCGCGCAGCCAGGUCUUCCAGCUCGAGUCCACCUUCGACCUGAAGCGCUACCUGAGCAGCGCGGAGCGCGCCGGCCUCGCUGCCUCGCUGCAACUCACCGAGACCCAGGUCAAGAUCUGGUUCCAGAACCGUCGCAACAAGUGGAAGCGGCAGCUGGCCGCCGAGCUGGAGGCCGCCAGCCUGUCCCCGCCCGGCACGCAGCGCCUGGUCCGCGUACCGGUGCUCUACCACGAAAGCCCCCCGGCCUCCGCCGGCGCCGGGCCCCCCGCUGCGCUGCCCUUCCCGCUGGCGCCCCCGGCGCCUGCGCCGCCUCCGCCGCUGCUCGGCUUCUCUGGGGCCCUGGCCUACCCGCUGGCCGCCUUCCCCACCGCCGCCUCGGUGCCCUUUCUACGGGCGCAGAUGCCCGGCCUGGUGUGA